CAUUAGUAGUUGAAAUUCUACAUUUUCUCGAUUUUUACUAUUUAGAUUCGAUUUCUGUUUUUUUGUUUUUGUCUUUUUUACAUCACAUAAGUUAUGAGAUUCUUCUUCAUAUCUGUUAUUUUUUCUGAUGUCUUUUGAGAAUUUUCUUGUUGGAUUUCCAUGGCUACUAUACAGUUCCUGGGUGCUUCUGCAACAAGGAGCUUGCCACCUUAUGAAGGACUCCACCUGUCCAUGGUUAGGGUUUCUUCGGUCGGGCCUUGCAAUGUAGGGCUCAACAGGAGGCAUUUCCAAGGUCUUGUUGUUAGGGCCAUUACCGUUGAUGCCCCAAAGAAGAUUGGGGUGGUAGUGAAGCUGAUUGAGAAACCAAGGCUGGUUCUGAAAUUCAUCUGGCUGGAGAAGAACAUUGGUCUUGCCCUUGAUCAGGUCAUACCGGGCCAUGGCACCAUCCCUCUCAGUCCUUACUAUUUCUGGCCAAGAAAAGAUGCAUGGGAAGAACUCAAAACUAAACUAGAGAAUAAGCCAUGGAUUUCUCAGAAGAGGAUGAUUAUCCUUCUUAUUCAGGCCACUGAUAUCAUCAAUUUGUGGCAACAGGGUGGUGGGAAUUUGUCGUAUAUCUUCUUGUUUUGAUUUGUAGCGGUUUUCAUUGUAUGACAAGUUCUGCUCAACUUCUUGUAAACUCUAGGGUGGUUUUGGGUUGAUUUAUUUGUUUUCCUUCUGAUUCUAAUGGAAUAUGGAGUUCUUUUGCUCAGCAGUUAUCUAAAUCACAUUUGUUUCUUCCAGGAAAACAAACUUCUAUUAGUAAUUGUCCAUAUCAAUUAAAUAGCUCUGUACGUUUCCUAA